CAUUCUCCUCGGCGUGACUAGAGCUUCACUUCCGUCCCUCUGAGUAGCUAGUCUAAGUAUUGUUUUGCUUGUUAGUUGUGUCUUGUGGCCUUAAUUUGCCUUAGUUUCUUUAAAUUAGUCGUCUUUGCUUGUUGCGUCGUCAUAUUAGUGAUUUGUAGCCAGCUGUUUUUACCGGUUAAACUCCUAGUCUUGAUUGAUUGUCAGCUGUGCAAUAUUGGUAGUAAUUUGUAUCGCGUAAGUCUUUGAUCGGUAACUUUGUUUCAUCCCCGUUUUAUCUGCGCAGCUGUUUUGGUUCAAGGUAUUGUAAAUUGCUUGUAUUUGAUCCGUUUAGAGCCGCUUAUCGCUACAUUAUUUGAGUAAUUACGCGGCACUUCAAAUAGUGUUUCUGAGCGACGCUAGCGUCGCUCCUCCUCAGUUUUAUGCAAGCUCUUCCCAUCUCUGUCUGCUCUCUGCCCUACAGCACCCGGUUCCAAAGACGUGGCCCCCCUAAGCGACGGAACCCAGCUAACCUCUCCUACCCCCAGCUGUCUCCCUGCAAUAACUGCACAGUUGCUGGAGGACUUUGGAACUGCCAGUCUGCUUCAAAGAAGGCUGAUUUCAUCUCAGCCUAUGCCUCCCUGCUCUCCCUUGAUUUCCUUGCCCUCACUGAGACAUGGAUCACCCCAGAGAACACUGCAACCCCUGCUGCCCUCUCCUCUUUCUUUUCAUUCUCCCACACUCCCCGACCAUCAGGCCGUGGUGGUGGCACUGGUCUCCUAAUCUCUCCCUCCUGGAAAUACUCAGCCCUACCUCUCUCUGACCUACCCCGAUUCAGUUUUGAAUACCAUUCUGUUUCAAUCACCUGUCCAACUAAUCUAUACAUUGUUGUCAUUUAUCGCCCCCCAGGUCCACUGGGAAACUUCAUCGAUGAGCUGGAUAUCCUACUCAGCUCUUUCCCUGAGGACGGCACCCCACUGAUCCUGCUUGGAGAUUUCAACCUCCACCUGGAAACAUCCCAGUCUUCAGCUGUCCUACAUCUCCUCCACUCCUUUGACCUCUCCCUACAAUCAUCUCCCCCUACCCACAAGGCGGGCAACCUCCUCGACCUGGUUUUUCUGAGGAAUAGCCCUUGCACCGAUAUCACUGUAACCCCUCUGCACACCUCUGACCACCACUUCGUUUCCUUCUCCCUCCCCCUUGCUCCCUCUCACCCACCUUCUCCCCCCACACCCACUGUAUCUGUCCGCCGCAAUCUCUGCUCCCUCUCAACCUCCUCUCUUGCUUCAUCUGUCACUGCUGCCCUCCCUCCUCUCGAAUCCUUCACUACCCUCCCCACUGAUUCUGCAUCCACCUCCCUACUUUCCUCCCUUACAUCUGCUCUUGACUCCCUCUGCCCCACUGUCUCUAGGCCAACACGUCCAUCUCCUCCCCGCCCGUGGAUGUCCAAUGCCAUACGCACCUCCAGGGUUGGACUCCGUGCAGCAGAGAGGAAGUGGAGGACAUCCAGAGAUGCUUCAGACCUCUCUGCCUACCAAUCCCUCCUUGCAGCGUUCUCCUCCACGGUGACUGCUGCCAAGCCAGCCAUCUGCACGCCCUCAGUCCUCGCUCACUGCUGACGACUUUGCAACCUUCUUUGACGAGAAGAUUGCAGUCAUCCGCAACUCCUUCUGCACUCCACCUCACCCUAUGCUCCCCUCCCCUUGUCUCUCCACUCCUCUGCUUACGGUCACUGGCUCCCAACUCCCCACCCCUCAAUCUGUACUCUCCCCCUCCCUCACCAUUUCCCCUUGUUUCUCCGACUUCUCUCCCCUCACCGAUUCUGAGGUUUCACAACUCCUACUUUCCCAUCGCCCCACAACCUGUGCCCUUGACCCCAUUCCCUCACCACUCCUCCAGGCAAUCUCACCCGAGAUUCUCCCAUUCAUCACCUCCCUGGUUAACUCCUCCCUGACAUCCGGCUGCUUCCCGUCAACCUUCAAGAAGGCCCUCAUCU